AUGGCCACCGUACCGGGAUUCCGCCGAUUGACGGCGGCCCUCAUCGCCGCUACCGCCCCGGUCACCACGCACGCGCUUUACACCGACGGCAACAUCACCGUCCCUUGCGACUCGCCCAUUUACUGCUAUGGCGACCUCCUUCACGAGGUAGAAUUGGCGCGGCCAUUUUCCGACUCCAAGACUUUUGUCGACAUGCCCGGCAAGAAACCCCUCGACGAGAUCCUCGCCGCCUUCGAAAAGCUAGAAAAGCCCCUCAAGAACGACACCGCCCUGCAAGAUUUCCUCUCCGAAUACUUUGCCGAAGCCGGCGGCGAACUCGUCCACGUCGCCCCCGAGGAGCUCGCCACCGACCCGGCCUUCCUCGACGACCUCGACGACGUCGUCAUCCGCGAGUUCGUCGGCAAGGUCAUCGACAUCUGGCCCGACCUCACCCGGUCCUACGUCGGCUCCGGCGAGUGCGACGACUGCCCGGACAGCUUCCUGCCCGUCAACCGCACCUUUGUCGUCGCCGGUGGCCGCUUCCGCGAGCCCUACUACUGGGACUCGUACUGGAUCAUCGAGGGCCUCUUGCGCACCGGCGGCGACUUUGUCGGCAUCUCCAAAAACAUCAUUGAAAACUUUCUCGACUUUGUCGACCAGUACGCCCCCUUGCUGUCCCAAAUGGUCCGCGCCUAUCUCGCCCAUACCAACGACACCGACAUCCUCGAGAGGGCCAUCCCCCUGCUUAUCAAGGAGCACGAAUUCUUCACCACCAACCGCUCCGUCGAGAUUGACGCCGGGAACAACAAGACCUAUGUCUUGAACCAGUACAACGUCGACAACAACCAACCCCGUCCCGAAUCCUACCGCGAAGACUACAUCACCGCCAACAACCAAUCCUACUACGCCAAAUCCGGCGAGAUCUACCCCAAGUAG